UAUUGGUGCAGGCGGGCCAGGACUUUGAAGAAGCGGCGACACGCGAGGCGACAAGUUGGCGCCGCUCUCACGCGACCGACAGCAACGACCCACCACGCCGUCAUGGUCCCGGGGCCGCGCCGCGCCGCCGCCGUCGCCGUGCUCGUCCUGGCCGCGGCCGGGCACCUGGCCGGCGAGGACGUGGCCGCCCUGGCAGCGGACCUCUUCGCGGCGCGCGGCGUGCGGGCCGUGCUCGUGGCGCUGCGCGCGGGCGGACCAGCGACGUUCGGCGUGUACCGCGCGCUCUCCUCGGACGGCCGUUUCCAGGUGUCCCAGACCGUGGGCUCGACGACCGUCGCCCACGUCCUGGACACCAGCGAGCGGCCCUACGUCGGCGUGGUGCUCGAGGCCGGAGAGCCGCCGCCCUGGUUCGACCCGGGUGACCGUGCGUGGUUCAACGGCAGCUACGUGUGGCUGGUGGUGGACGGGGACGCCGCGGCCCGCACCGCCUCCUGGGCGCUGCGCCUCGACAGCGAGGUGUUCCUCGCGGCGCAGGACGACGGCGACCGGGCCUGGCGCGUGGACGAGGUGUUCCGCGUCAACGCGGAGGACGCGGCCGUGCGGCGGCCGUUCGCUUCCUGGUCGCCGGCGGGCGGGCUGGUCGCCGCCGACCCGGAGCUCGCCGUGGCCCCCGUGUCCUCCCCGGGCGGGGACCCGCUCGCGGACCGUCGCACCCAGUUCCGCCGCGUGCUCGCAGGGCCGCGCCAGCUGCGCGUCGAGUCCUCCGUCUACUGCGAGGCGAAGACAGGCAAAGACCUGAUGGAGCGCGUGCUAGACCUGCCAACCGACGAGGUCAUGAAGCACUUCAACCACCUCAGCAUCGCCACCUUCACCAUCAUGGCCAACACCUUCGACCGCUUCAACAUGUCGGUGCGGCACCACGAGCACCUUAUCUCCGGGGAGCUGGCGGCGCCGCCGUCCGGGCACUUCUCCGGGGCGUGCGGCAACGUACAGCGCGGCGUGGACGACGUGGUCGUCACGGGGCUGCUCAUGUCCGAUGGCCGCCUGCAGGUCUUCAAGUACUCGGCCACCACGUACCACUUCCGGAGCGCGUGCCUGUUCCUGGCGGACGGCUCGCUGGGCUCCGUGGACGCCCUCCUCACCCCCUUCACACUGCUCGCCUGGCUGGCCGUCGGGGGGGUCGCGCUCGCCGGCAUGGUCCUGCACAAGUGCUUCCGGCACGUCGAGGGCGACCGCAUCGACUGGAGCGAGAGCCUGCUCUCCACCGUCGGCAUGUUCACCGGCCAAGGUUUCGCCUCCUCCGGCAGCUGGGUGUCCUGCCAGGGCCUCCUGAUCGUCUCCGAGGUGCUCUUCAUGCUGCUCGACGGCUACUACAACUCCACCAUCGUCAAGUCGCUGCUGCGGCCGCCGCCGCCCUCGGUGCGCAACGUCCACGACCUGCUCGACUCCAACUACCCCGUCGCGCUCAACGACUGGUGGCUGACGGUCCGCAACUUCCAGAACGCGUCGCCGGGCCUGCAGCGCGACCUCUACGAGAAGAAGAUCCGGCCGCCGGUGGGGCUCGGCUACUUCCCGCCGUCGGGGCUGUACAAGGUGCUGCUCCGGCCCCUGCACGCCAUCAUCGGCUCGGAGGAGUCCGUCUACAAGAGCACCGAGCCGCUGACCGCGAGCCAGGCCUGCCGCCUGCACGAGCUGGACGUCAACCCGCCGCAGCACAUCGCGCCGCUCGUCGGCCGCCACUGCGCCUUCACCGAGCUGCUCUUCGCCGGGGUGCUGCUGCAGCGCGAGCGCGGGGUGUGGCAGCGCGUGCGCUUCAAGUGGCGCCAGCGGCGCGCUCGCUGCAGCGGGGGCGGCGCGCACGGCGAGGGCGACCCCAUCGGGCUGGAGCCCGUGCUGCCCCUCAUCGCCCUCAUGGUGGGCGGCCUCCUCGCCACGGCCGUCGUCGCCGUCCUCGAGAGAGUGGCACACCGUCGCAGUCAGAGGACACGAGGGGCAGCGAGUUCGGCAAGAAGCCCAGGCUCAGUCGAGGACGCCGUCGCGGGGACUACGGCCUCCUUGGCGAGAUUUGCUUCCUGAUUUGAUGGGAAGGAUGCUCCCAUUUUUGUAGUCGAAAUACACGCAUGCAGAUUUACAAACUUAACCUUAAAUUCCCAACGAAAUAAAUUUUUGCUGAUGUCCAA